AACAUUUAACAAGGAUAUUUACAGACUGGAGAGAUGGAGUAACUCUAGAAACAUCGAGACUAGUCGGUGUCUGCUAUCAAUAUUAACACUAGAGGUAUAUGGUAGGUCCUGGGCAUCUACAGUUGAUGUCAUUCGAUCCCUGGAAGGACAGUGCACUUCAGAAGCACAGAACAGAGUCGAGGGUCUGCCGGACAAGCAGUUGGAGUGUGUGAAUCAAGAGCUGCAGCUCACAGAACCUCGCCUCCCCCCGAUCCACGUGGUGUCCUUAUUCUCCAGCAUAGUCCCUUCAAAGCACAAGUUCCCGGGACCCUGGGAGAUUCAGGUGAAGAAGGACGGGCCACACAAGCUGGGAGCCCUUCGCGGUCCUAAGGCCGAAAGGGUGUGGUGAAGAACACUGUUUCAGGGAAGACCUGCCGUGCCUGUGGGUGUGAUGGCCAGACCUCUCGACCUCUCUUAAUUACCUCCUGAGAGGAAUCUCAAAUCAUAAUGGAUGCUGAGUAUGUCCUGUGCAAUUGGAAAGGCCACGUCUGGCCAGCAAAGGUUUUGUCCAGAGCUAGGACCUCACCAAGACAUAAGACGAAAGGGGCACUUUUUCUCGAAGUCGAAAUACUCUCAGUAGACGAAAAAAUUAAAGUGAAAACCGCAGACACAAAGAUCCUAAAUGAGUCUCAAAUUGAAUACGUUGCCUCCUUGCUGAUAGCCGAGCCGAAGGCCAGUGUCCCACCAGGACAGGAAGUGCCCUACAGAAACGCUCUUGCAGUGGCCCUAGAGAUUCUGAAUGAGAGAGCGAACUUGGGUCCAGCAAGAGCAUCAGAUGAUCCAGAGACCACAAAGGGGACCCCAAAAGCGUCCCAAAGGGGACCACAAAAGCGAUCUCGUAAAAAGUUCCGGAAGCCCAAAGGGAGCUUACUGAGGCGUCUUAGGAGAAGCAAAAAACUCAGAUCGCUGCUGGUAUGCUCACAGACUGAGGACGCCCCAGGCAGUGGCCAACCACAGGCACACAGAACCGUCACGCCUAUUCCCAGGAAAACGCGAGCGGAGCCCUCACAAAGCUCCAGCGUGUACCCAAACUUCCCAUCACGUGCAGAAGAAGACUAUGAGAAAGAGGGCAAGGAAAAGAGGCACACCUUGAGAGUCAGGGCCUUGCAUCGCCCCGUCAAGGAGGAGGGUACAGGUGCUAAAGAUGGAGGCACCCUUCCAUCUCCGCCACCAGGUUUCAACCUCACUGUACCCAAGGCUCUGAAAGAAGAGGCCCAUGACACCUACCCAAAGACCCUGGCCGUCUCCUCCGAAUGCUCUGCCCUCUCCGGGAAUGUUGAGGACCAUGGAGAGGGUCCCCGGAAGCCAGGCUUGGAAGGUGCGGCGGCACCCUCCAGCGCCCCUCCUCCGAGGCUGCGUUCUUCACUCCGUCUGGCAAAUAAAAAAAGGAAGCUGCAGGCACUAGAGUUUGAGAAAGGGCUGCAAGGACUUCAGCCUUCAGUCAACUCGAAGGCCGUUAACCCCACCACUGCUAUCAGAAAGGAUGUCGGCAAGGAAAUGGGGCAACCGAUAACCAUGGCUUUUCCACAAGAGCCCUGUCCCAUUGAAGGAGGAAUGAUGGUCUGGUUUAAAUUUCAAAAUCACCCAUUUUGGCCAGCAGUGGUAAAGAGUGUCAGCCAAACAGAGCAGACCGCAAGGGUGCUUUUGAUUGAGGCAAACAUGCCCUGUGAAAUGAGUGGCAUUCAAGUUCCUCUUCGAAGAUUAAAACAUCUGGACUGUAAGGAGAAGGAAAAACUCAUGAAGAGAGCCGGGAAAGUGUACGAGCAGAGUGUGAACUGGUGCUUCUCCCUGAUUUCCCACUACAGAGAAGGGCUCGGUCGUGGGUCUUUUGCGGGCUCUUUCCUGGACUAUUACGCCGCUGAUAUCAGUUACCCAAUUAGGAAAGCCAUCAAGGAUGGGGACGUGGAGAUCGAUUUCCCAAAGGUGAAUUAUGCCGACCUGGAAGAUCUGAAGGAGGCCUCCCUGGGUGGGAGGAGGCCCCACAAGAAAAUUCUCCCGGACCGGAUGAGGGCUGCUCGGGACCGAGCCAACCAGAAGCUCGUGGACUUCAUUGUGAAAAGAAAGGGAGCCGAUCACCACCUCCUGGACAUCGUCAAAGGCAGGAAACAGUCCAGGUGGCUGGCAUCGUUUCUGAUCAGCCGGUACGUGAUCUGCAUUGAAACAUACCUGGAGGAUGAAGACCAGUUGGAUGUCGUGGUAAGACAUUUACAAGAAAUCUACAAACAGAUAGACAAGAAAAUGCUGACUCUGUGCAAGGAUGACAAGGUGAGUUUUGUUCUGGAAGUUCUUCUGCCAGAAGCAAUCAUUUGUUCAAUUGCCGCACUUGAUGGAUUAGGUUACGAGGAGGCAGAACAAAAGUACCUAAAGGGGCCACCGGUGCAUUACCGGGAAAAGGAGCUAUUUGAUAAAAAUAUUGUAAAGGGAAUGAGAAAGAGAGCGGCAACCAAGGGCAAGCCAAAUAACUCUUCUUGUGCCCACACUUUAGCAGGGAGACCUCUCACUGCCCUGUCUGUAUGA